CCGUCUUGUUACCAUGGUGACAGUUUGCUGCCUAGCUGAGCCCAGGCCAGGCCGCGUCCCGGGCGGGCACCAUGGAGGUCACGGGCAGCACCUACCUCGGGGACUAUGUGCAUGGCAGGAUUGAAGGGAAAGGCCGCUACACUCUCCCAACUGAAACCAAAUAUAAUGGCACAAUGAAAGAUGGAAUGUUUCAUGGCAAAGGAACCUUGUAUUUUCCUAAUAGAAGCAAAUAUGAAGGAAUCUGGGACUGCGGGAUAUCGAAAGAGGGGAAAUACACCUUUGCAGAUGGUCUUGAAUUCAAAGAUAAAAAAUGGCAUUAUUGUGAUGGCUAUGACAGAAGAUUUUAUACAGAAAUAUGUUCCGGCCUAAAACCAGCAGGUAUCUCUCAGCUUACAAAUUUAGAUCCUCCCAGAACGAUUCCACAAGGCUGUUAUGACUGUGGUGAUGGAUUCUAUAAUACUAAUACCAGAGUUGUCAUUGACUACAAACUCAGGUUUUUGAGGAACGCAGACGAUGAUGAACAUGAAUGGAUCAUUCGCACCUGUCGGAAAGGCUGGGAUGAAAUAACUGGAUUUAAACCUAAACAGUGAACACACCUUUAGCUUCUACCCUGAUUUUGGAAAACUUCAUUUGAUUCAUCCUUAAGUCUGAAUGUCUUGGUGGAUUUAGAUCAGCCCCUACCAUUAUGUGAAUGUAGUUUUAUAGCCUUUGUUAGCAUAAUAAAACUGGAACCAUCAUUUAAUCAACUACGUUCACAUGAAGCCAUGGAAAUAAGCUUACUAUACUAAUCCUAAUAUUCCUGAGAGGUGUGCAGUGUAGUAGGAUCAAUAUAUACACGUGACAUUAUUAAGCCUCAACAUACAAAACAUACAAACAAUUUACUAAAGAGACUGCCUCAAAUUCAGUGCUGAAUGCAUUCAGCUCCAUUUUAGCAUUUUUCCCCAGGUCCCAGUUAUCUGUCUGGGUGUAUUUCUUUACCCUCCUUUUGUUCAGUACUUUGAUAUUGACUGAUCAUUGUAAUAAUGUACACCAGUUAUUCUUUAAUGACUAGUUUGCUAACUAGGAAAUUAUAUCCAUUUACCAGGAACAUUUGUUGAACUCUCCUUUAACAAAAUAAUAAGAGAGAAAAACUGGGUGGGUUGCUGUUUCAUUCGUAAGUCAGAAAAUAUUUUAAGAUCAAAUAAAAUGGAAUUACAUCAUUUUCUUGAUGUAAGUGCCAGCACUUCUACUUGCAUGAACUUUAUUUAUUACACAAAUCAGACAUUUACAAAGCACAACAUUAAAAGUAUGUAACAAAACAGACAUUGGUUUUACAAAAAAAGUGCUUACAAUUUAGUUUUUGUUUUUUCAAUAAAUACUAGUCUUGACUGUCCACUCAUUCAAAAGGAUUUUUUUAACCAUUGUAGCCAAGACAUGUGUAAUUGCAACAUGCUACAACAAAAUGAUCUGCUUUCGAAAUAAAAUUCUGAGAAGUGUUUAUAGUUGGCCUCAUAUUACAAGGUCUGAAUAGAUCAGUGACAGCAGUAGUGCAGGAUUGAGCCCCCGCCCCGAGCAUUACGUUGUGUAAGCAUCAUUAGCUAGGGCAUUGGGGUUAACCAACAUGAGCCAAAAAUCAACAAUGUUUUGGGAAUAAAAUUUUAAACCACUCCAUUUUCAGUCCCUCCCCCAUCAGAUUUAUUUCUCAUAUUAAAUUCUAGUGGAAAGUUCAUCUUUCACUGGCUAACCUCAUUGGGUUUAGUCUAUAACAUUUUUUUGUAAAUAGCCAUUGGAAUACUGUAAGACACAGAAUCUGCAGUACUGCACCAUAACCCAUUUGGCAAUUACUGAAUAACCUAAGUAAAUGCAAAGGAUUUAAAAAAAAAAAAAUCUACAGAGAGGAGAUGAAUGCGAAUGACCUGAGAUAAGGUUUUGUUCAAUGGCAACAGUCAAUGUGAAAUGCAUUGUGAAACAAAGUAUUGAAUAAAUUAGAGGAUUUCUUA